AUGCCAGCUGCAGUCAUCUACGCCAAAGAUCUGCCUGCCGGCACGCCCAACCGCGUUGAGAGCGUAGCUCUGGUUGGCGCGACGGGUCAGCAAGGCAGUCACAUUCUCAAACAGCUGCUCGCAAGUCCUGCCCUGUCUCGCCUUCAGGUGACUGCGCUCACCCGAAAGCAAAGCGGAAGCGCCAAUCAGCUCAAAGUCGAAGCAGAUGCGAGGGCGCGGGUGCGGGUGCUGCCUGUAAAUUACGACGAUCAUGCCGAGCUGGUGCGAGCGCUUCGAGGCAAAGAUGUGCUGCUCUGCACCCUUUCCGUGCACGCGCCACCCGAGCAGCAGAACAAGCUGGUGGACGCUGCCAAGGAAGCCGGCGUCAAGUGGUUCAUACCAAACGAGUGGGGCUACGACCCACCCCCCGCAGUGGCGCAAGACACCAUGAUAGGCCUGUCCAAGUCCAAGGAGCGCGCACACAUCCAACACCGCGACUUGCCUUGGAUCGCCUUUGCGCCCGGCUUUUGGUACAGCUACAGUCUCAGCGGCGGCGAAGCGCUGUUUGGCAUCGAUAUCAACAAUCGCAAGGCGGUGCUGUACCAAGGUGGUGAGGUGGCCCUGAGCACCUCUACCUGGCAGCGCACUGCACGUGCAGUCGCAUCCCUGCUCAGUCUGCCCAUGUAUCCACGCGACGAGGCUGAUGCAAGCAUCACCAUGAGCCACUGGCUCAACCGCUUCGUCCACAUCUCCAGCUUCACCCUGACUCAACGCGAGAUGCUCGACUCUGUGCAGCAAGUCACGCACACCACCGACGCCGACUGGACCAUCGACCUCUCCACAUCUGCAAGAGAGGCGUGGCAGCAGGGCACCGAGGAGCUGCGCGCUGGCAAUAGGAUGGGCUUUGCCCAGGCGCUCUACUCUAGAAUGUUCUAUCCGGAAGAUCAACCGGGCAACCUGAAGGAUGUCACAGCAGUGGACAACCAGCUGCUCGGGCUGCCGAAGGAAGACCUGGAGGAGCAUACGCGGCAAGCGGUCGACAUGGCAAAGGAAAACUACAUGCAAAAGUCUUACGCAAGAAAGUGA